GCACGCGACUGAUCCACUCCUCGUCACUCGGUGCGGCCGCGUACCCUCUCUUUCUCCUUCCGCUAAACCCCAACAAACCCUACCUGCCGCCGCCCGCGCGCAGCUCCCGCCUUCGUCCGCGCCGGCGCCGCUCCAUCGCCCUAAACCCCCCCUUGUAAUUCCACCGGGAACUAGCUGAAAGGAGAGGGAGCAGAGGGGCAUGGCGUCCUCGGAUGACGAGACGAGCCGGCUCUACCGCAUCCGUCGCACGGUGCAUGAGAUGCUGCGCGACCGCGGAUACGCGGUCAGCGAGGAAGAAAUCAAUCUCCCAAGGGACAGGUUCAUCGACCGCUUCGGCAACCCCGUCCGCCGCGACGACCUCGCCAGCAGCGCCAUGAAGUUGGACGGCUCCUCCGAGCAGAUCUACGUGUUCUUCCCCAAUGAGGCCAAGCCCGGGGUGAAGACGAUCAGGAACUACGUCGAGAAGAUGAAGCAGGAGAACGUCUUCGCCGGCAUACUCGUCGUGCAGCAGGCGCUCAGCGCGUUCGCACGCAGCGCCGUUCAGGAGGUCUCCCAGAAGUACCACCUCGAAGUCUUCCAGGAAGCUGAGCUUCUUGUCAACAUUAAGAACCAUGUGCUAGUGCCAGAUCACGUGCUCCUGACAGCACAAGAAAAGAAGUCUCUUCUAGAGCGGUACACCGUGAAGGAAACCCAGCUCCCCCGGAUUCAGAUUACAGACCCGAUAGCAAGAUACUAUGGGAUGAAGCGCGGGCAGGUCGUGAAGAUCACCCGAUCCAGUGAAACUGCUGGAAGAUACAUCACCUACCGCUACGUUGUCUGAGUUUUGCUACAUUCUCAUGGCUUGAGCUUCCGCACCAAGUGAAAAUACCCCCCUAGUUACCAAUCUAGCUAUGUACUUUGAAACAUUUGUUGCAGCUGAGAAUCUGAAGUACCUUCGUAGUGCCCUGAUGCUCUCCCUUGAGAACUUGAUUGGCGUUGUGGCAUUUUGGCAGUAGAUAUAGGUUGCUGUUCCUGUAGCUGUGUUACAUCUAUUUUAGUGAUUCAUUGUGCCAUUUUUGACAAGGUUUGACCUGCGCAACUUCCGGUUACCAGGAUUAUGCUCUGUAUUAAUUCAUGCCUUCUGGAGCUGGUUUUCAAUCUGACGGGUGACGAAGAUUCUGGUUUUCUAA